GCGCGAAGCGGCUCGACGCGAACGACGAGGAGCAGCGGCCGCCGCAAGCAAGUCCGUAGUCGUUGGGGCAUUGGUGCAGAUCUCGGCUUGGUUUACGCCGAUUCACGCGACGAGAGAGAGAGAACGCGGCUCUCCAACGGACGCAGAAGCGAGGCGUCCACGCGCGCGCGCCGCUGACGUGCGUGCUUUUCAGAGUACAUUCCACAAAGUAUCAUCAUCUGAACUUUCAAUACUGUGCGCGAGUGUACGAGCUAACGAGAGAAGAAUUUCGGAAAAACGAGCGUUCGAAGUGGAUGGUUUUUCUGUUUUUUUUCUGUCUGGUGGAUUUCUCUGGUGUAAACGGUGCCACGAUAGUCCUUGCCCUCCCUCGGAUUCAGGAGAAUAGUCGCACCGGUUUUCGGAUAACUCGCACACGCGUACACAAGGAAGCAAGGGGCGCAGUAUGUGCCCGGCGCCGGGCCCAGCGCCACAUCCCAAAAAAGGACCAGUUUCGAAUACGCUCCGUCAUAUCCGCCACCGAGAGUCGAUAGAUACAGGGGCGGUGCGCAGAUACAAAAGAGAAUGACUCAAAGGGAGGACGUUCUCAAGUUCGAGCAGGGCCGCAUCAAGGCCCUGCAAGAGGAACGUCUUCACAUCCAGAAGAAGACGUUUACAAAAUGGAUCAACUCGUUUUUGUUAAAGGCGCGCAUGGAGGUGGACGAUCUGUUCACCGAUCUGGCGGACGGCAAGAAGCUGCUCAAGCUAUUAGAAAUUAUCUCCGGCGAACGAUUGGCCAAGCCUAACAAUGGGCGAAUGCGAGUUCACAAAAUCGAGAACGUGAACAAAUCCCUGGCGUUUCUCCACACCAAGGUUCGUCUGGAGAGUAUCGGUGCGGAGGAUAUCGUAGACGGUAAUCCCAGACUGAUCCUUGGUCUGAUCUGGACCAUUAUUUUGAGGUUCCAAAUUCAGGAGAUCGAAAUCGACGUGGACGAAGAAAACGACAGCAGCGAGAAGAAGUCUGCCAAAGAUGCUCUACUACUUUGGUGCCAGAGAAAGACAAACGGCUAUCCCGGCGUCAACAUUCAGGACUUUACCGGAUCCUGGAGAAGCGGCCUUGGCUUCAACGCUCUCAUACAUGCUCACAGACCGGACUUGGUCAAUUGGUCAGAAUUGCAACAAAACAAGAACAUCGAUAAUCUCAAUUAUGCCUUCGACGUUGCUAAUUCGGAGCUCGGCAUUCCACGGCUCUUGGAUGCGGAGGACGUGGACACGGCCAGGCCCGACGAAAAGUCUAUUAUCACCUACGUCGCGUCUUAUUAUCACACGUUCGCCAGGAUGAAGAAUGAGAUAAAAAGCGGCAAGAGAAUAGCAAAUAUUGUUGGCCAGAUGAUGGACGCUGAUAAGAUGAAGAUUCACUAUGAGAAACUGACGAGCGAUCUGCUAGAGUGGAUCAAGAUGAAGAUCGAAGUCUUGGAGAGUCGUAGCUUUCCGAACUCGCUUGAAGGUAUCCAACGGGAACUCUUGGCUUUCAAGCAGUACCGGACAGUCGAAAAACCACCGAAGUACAAAGAACGGUCCGAGAUAGAGGCGCUGUACUUCCACAUAAAUACCAGACUGAAAUCCCUAAAUCAGCCGGCGUUCACGCCGCAAGAGGGCCAGCUGAUCCAUGACAUUGAGAGAAACUGGGUGGAAUUGGAAAGAGCGGAACAUCGUCGCGAAGUUGCUCUGAGGACCGAGCUGUUGCGACAGGAAAGGCUCGAGCAGCUGAACUACAAGUUCGAGCGAAAAAGCGUGCUCAGAGAGGGCUACCUGAAGGAGAUGAUCCAGGUGCUGACGGAUCCGAGGUACGGUAGCAAUCUCGCGCAGGUGGAUGCUACAGUGAAGAAGCACGAGGCUAUCAGCGCCGAUAUCUUGGCGCGCGAGGAGCGCUUUCACGAUCUAACGAACAUGUCCGAAGAACUGGUGCGGGAGAAUUAUCACGGCCUCGAGCGGGUACGCAAUCGGGAACAGGAGGUGUUGCAGAGAUGGAGGGAACUGUUAGCUCUGCUAGAUCAUCACAAGUCCAAUCUUGUCGCGCUUAGUUCACUUAUGAGCUUGAUGAGAGAAAUCGACACUACGCUCGCUUCCGUUCAGGAGCUACAGCUGAAUUUCCAGAGCACCGAUGUAGGCCCGCACCUACUGGGCGUCGAAGACCUAUUGCAGAAGCACAGUCUUCAGGAACUGCAGGUGACGGCUCUUGGCGAGAGCCAGAGGCGACUCGGUAGACAGGCUGCUCAGCAUCUGACGCAGCCGCAGAGCAAGGAAGCGCCGUUGCUGCAGCAGAAACUGGAACUAUUGAAUGGCGCCUACGACGAGCUGGUGGAGAACAGCAAGGAGCGCAAAGCGCGGCUAGAGGACGCCAGGAAUUUUUUCCAUUUCCUUCAGGAUCACGAGGACGAGGAAUCGUGGCUGGUGGAGAAGCAGCGGAUAUGCAAAGCUGGCAUUUCCGCGAAGGAUCUGCGCGCCGUGAUCUCGCUGCAGCAGAAGCACAAGGCGCUGCAGGAUGAGAUAAAGGUGCGCAGGCCGAAAUCGGAGCAGCUGUGCGACGCCGGUAGGAAGCUGAUAACCGACAAACACCCGUCGGCAUUGGAAAUACAAAACCGAAUAGACUCGCUGCAGGAGCACUGGAGAGUCCUGGAAGAACUAGCGGCGUUGAGGAAAAAGCAACUCGACGACGCGGCCGAAGCGUUCCAGUUCUACGCCGACGCGAACGAGGCGGACUCGUGGAUGAACGAGAAGAUGGCACUGGUCGCUUCGGAGGACUACGGCGUGGACGAACCUAGUGCUCAGGCCUUGCUGCAGAGGCACAAAGACCUGGAGGGCGAGCUGAAUGCCUACAAAGGUGACGUGCAAUCGUUGAACACGCAGGCGGAGAAGCUAAUCAAGUCUGGUAUCUCCACUCUGGAGUUGUCCGCCGAUCCCGAACCGGUGGCCGAGCUGGAGCAGGAGGAGUGGAGCAAAGAAAUCAGGCUCGUGCCACAGGACGAGUGGGUGGACGAAGUUGUCGAACGACUGGAGCCGAAAACCGUUCAGGAGGACAGAUUGGUGCCGCAGGUGAAGAGUCUCUAUCCGUUCAGCGGCCAAGGAAUGCACAUGGUGAAGGGUGAGGUGAUGUUCCUGCUGAACAAGACGAAUCCUGACUGGUGGAGUGUCAGGAAGGUCGACGGUACGGAUGGAUUCGUGCCGGCUAACUACGUCCGCGAGAUUGAACCGAAGGUCGUGCAAGUCCAAGUGCGCAGACCUGAGAAAGUGAAGGUGACGCAGCGAGUGAAGAAAACGAAGAUGGUGAAGCAGAUUGUGCCGGUGAGGCGACUAAAAUCAAUCAAGUCCACCGUUAAACCAAUCAAGCGGAAGGCGGUGAGCGACGGCGACAGCGUGGAGAAGCGGCAGAAGAAGAUCAACGAAACUUACAGCGAACUGCAGGAACUCGCCGUGAAGCGUCACGCGUUGUUGGAGGACGCUAUCAGAUUAUACGGCUUCUACCGGGAGUGCGACGACUUUGAGAAGUGGAUCAAGGACAAGGAGAAGAUGCUACGAGUCGAAGAUCCUCGCGAUAACGUCGAGACGGCGAGAAGGAAGUACGAGAAGUUCCUGACGGAUCUGUCGGCCUCCGGCAAGCGAGUGGAGGCGAUAGACACAGCGGUGAAUGAAUUCGUUCGACAAGGCCACAGCCAGCUCGACAAGGUCAAGGCCAGGCAGAAGCACAUACAUCAGCUGUGGGACCAUCUGAACUGGCUGAAGACGCAGAAGGAGAAGAGCUUGGAAGGCGCGUCCAGCGUCGAAUUGUUCAACAGAACCUGCGACGAGGCGCACGAUUGGAUGUUGGAGAAGAUCACUCAAUUAGACACAGCGGAAUUAGGACCUGACUUGAAAACCGUGCAAGCUUUGCAGAGGAGGCAUCAACAUUUGGAGCGAGAAUUGGCGCCGGUCGAAGAAAAGGUGCGAAAAGUGAAUCUGUUAGCCAACAGCGUCAAGAAUUCGUAUCCGCACGAAUGUGACAAUGUCAACGCGAGACAAAACGAGAUCAAGGAUCUCUGGAACAAAGUGCAAACGAAAGCCAAGGAGCGUCGAUCCCGCUUGGAGGACGCGGUCGGCCAGCAGAUAUUCAUGAACAGCUCGAAGAAUCUGAUUAACUGGGCUACUGAUAUACAAGAGACGAUCAAAGCCGAGGAACCGGUAAGGGACGUCGCCACGGCCGAGCAACUUAAGAAGCAGCACAUGGAGCUCGGAGAGGAAAUACGAACCAAAGAAGACGAAUUCCGCGAGGUUGAGGAUCUCGGCCGAGAACUGUUGCGUCGUAAUCAAACUUUGGCGGACGUACGCGAACGUCUGGAUAAAUUGAACGGACUGUAUCCAGCGGUAACAGCUAACUGGAUGACGAAAGAGGAAUGGCUACGACAAUGUCUAGAGCUGCAACAAUUUAAUCGGGAGGCCGAUCAGAUCGAAGCUACCACCAGUUCUCAUGAGGCUUUCCUCGAGUUUACUGAUUUAGGCGAAUCUUUGGAUGACGUCGAGGCUCUAUUGAAACAACAUGAAAAAUUCGAGAAUACUCUUCACGCGCAGGAUGACAGACUGAAGGCGUUCAGCGACACUGCAGAUAAAUUAAUUGCUCAAAAUCAUUAUGAUAAAGAUUACAUCAACGAAAGGAGAAACCAAGUAUUAGCCCGUCGCAUGGCAGUGAAAGAGGCCGCUCAACGCCGAAGAGCAGCCUUGAAGGCGUCCGAACAUUAUCAGCAAUUCUCGGCUGAAGUAGACGAUUUGCGCGACUGGUUGGGCGACAAAAUGAAGACUGCGGGCGACGAAAGCUAUCGCGAUUUGAACAAUCUCGAACGUAAGCUGCAGAAGCAUGAAGCUUUCGAACGCGAACUGCGCGCCAACGAAGGACAAUUGAGAGCGGUUAACAAGGCGGGCAAGGCGCUGAUAUCCGAAGAAAAUUACAGAUCCGACGAUGUGGGAGAGACUUUGAAGGACCUAAAUGAUCAAUGGGAUCGGUUGGUGGCGUUAUCACUCGAAAAAGGUCGCAGACUGCGACAAGCCGCUUCGCAACAUGGAUACAAUCGCACCAUGGAAGACGCCAGAUUAAAAUUGGAGGAAAUAGAGAGCUGUUUACAGAGCAAGCAAGUAGGCACAGAUCUUCGCAGCUGCAAGGAGCUGUUGAAGAAACAUCAAACCCUCGAAAGCGAUAUGUGUCAGUGGGAACAGAAGGUGGGCGACCUCGUGGCCAUGGGUCAAGAGAUGGCGCACGAGGGUCAUUUCGAUGCGGCGAAUAUCUUGAAGACCAGUCAAGCCACGCAGAGAAAAUUCCGCAGCUUAAAGGAACCAGCUAAGAGACGCAGAGAAGCGCUGGAGGAGAGCCUGCGCUUCCACAAAUUCGGCUUUGAAUUGGACGCGGAGUUGCAGUGGAUCAAGGAUCACUUGCCGCAGGCGUCUUCAACGACGCUUGGACAGAAUCUACAUCAGGCUCAGACCUUGCACAAGAAACACAAGAAGCUGGAAGCGGAGAUCGCCGGUCACCAGCCUAUGAUAGACAAAACUCUGGCUUCCGGGCAGACGCUCAUCGAUCAGGCCCAUCCGGAAAAGAAAAAGAUUCAAGAACUAUGCGACAUUCUGGAUGACGCGUGGAGAGACUUGCAAGACAAAGCGGGUGAGCGCAACAAAGCUCUAGACUUGUCCCUGAGAGCGCAAGAAUUCUUCUUCGAAGCCGGCGAAGUCGAGAGCUGGCUGAACGAGAAGAACGAUGUUCUGAGCUCCACCGAUUACGGCAGGGAUCGCGAUGCCGCUACGAAAUUAUUGACGAAACACAAGGCUGUUGAGCUCGAAUUAGACACGUACAACGGCAUCGUGACAGAAAUGGGACAUACCGCAUCCACGAUGAUAAACUCGAAGCAUCCCGACAGCAAGGCGAUAGCUAACAAGCAGCAAGCGAUCGUUCAACAAAUUCGCGCCUUGCAACGACUGGCUACCGUGAGGCAGCAACGUCUAAUGGAAAGCAUGUAUCGCCACGAAUAUUUCCUAGAAAGCAGAGAGCUGGAGCAGUGGAUCAAGGAGCAAGAGCAAGCAGCCGCGUCGGAAGACUACGGGCAGGAUUACGAGCAUCUUCUACUACUGCAAACGAAAUUCAACGAUUUCAAGCAUCGAAUAGAAGCCGGAUCGGAGAGGUUUAAUCAGUGCGAAGAACUGGCCAGAAAACUGAUCGCAAAUGAAAGUCCUUACAUUCAGGACAUCGAAAAACGUCAGGAACAAUUAGGAUCCGAUGAAGACGAUCCGGUGCGUCAAGUAGAAAAUCAACAUACGGUGAUGAAGGAAUCGUGGCAGCAUCUAUUGGGUCUCAUUCGAAAUCGCGAGCAACGAUUACAAGCGGCGGGAGAGAUUCAUCGGUUCCAUCGUGACGUGGCGGAAGCGCUAUCGCGGAUACAAGAGAAAGAGGCUGCUUUGCCAGAGGACCUGGGUCGCGAUUUAAAUUCCGUUCUAGCGUUGAUCAGGCGUCACGAGGGAUUUGAGAACGAUCUGGUCGCUUUAGAGGCUCAGCUGCAAGUUUUAGUGGAGGAUGCGUCCAGAUUACAAGCUCAUUAUCCGGGCAAUAAUGCGGUGCACAUCGAUCAGCAGCAACAGAUUGUUGUCGCUCAUUGGGAAGAGUUGAAGGAAAGAUCCGCUCAUCGAAGGGAUCAGUUGCACGCUAGCUGCGACUUGCAGCGAUUCCUCACUCAGGUCAGAGAUUUAAUGAACUGGGCCGCUGGACUGCGCGCUACAAUGUCGACGGAGGACAAAGUUCGCGAUGCGGCCAGUGCGCAGAUUUUGAAGGCAGAGCACGAGGCUUUGAAAGGAGAAAUCGAAGCGAGGGAGGAUAGCUUUAGCUCGGUGCUCGACCUAGGCGAAGCCAUGGUGCAAACUGGUCACUACGCCGCUAUAGAAGUCGAAGAAAAGUGCAAUCAAUUGCUGGACGAGCGGCAGAGGCUGCACACCGCCUGGCAAAAAAAGAAAAUACAUCUGGACCAAUUGAUUGACCUGCACUUCUUCCUGCGUGACGCCAAGCAGCUCGACACCUUGUCUAGUACACAGGAGGCCGCGCUGAGCGGCGACAACUUCGGCGUUUCGGUAGAAGAGGUGGACGCGCAGAUGAAGAAGCACAACGAGUUCGAAAAGCUACUGGUCACACACGAGGAGAAAUUGACGGCGCUGCAGGAGCACGGAAACAAGCUACUGACGCAGAAUCAUUUCGAUUCGCCGACGAUCGCCCGGCGACUGAACGAGGUCGUACAGAGACGCGGGAGAAUUCGGGAUCUGUGCGACGUGCGAAGGAGAAGACUGGAGGCGAGCCUGUUGCACGCGCAGUUUGUGAGAGAUGUGGGCGAGGCCGAGUCGUGGAUAGGCGAGAAGCAGAAGAAGCUGGAAGCGGAAGCGUCGAAGGGCGAGGUGUCUAGCUUGGAGGAUAAGAUCAAGAAACUGCAGAAACAUCAGGCGUUCCAAGCGGAAUUGGCGGCGAAUCAAAGCAGAAUCGAGGAAAUUAAAGCGAAAGGAGAAACGUUACUGGCACGGAAACAUCCGGCCAGCGCGGAAAUUCGCCAGCAAUUGGAACAUUUGCAUUCGUCUUGGCGAAAAUUACUGUUCGAGUCUGGAAAUCGAGGCAGAGGUUUGGAGGAGGCUCAAGAUAUCUUGGAAUUUAACAAUCAGGUGGAGAAGAUCGAGGCCUGGAUCAGAGAUAAAGAAAUGAUGGUUCAGGCCGGAGACACCGGAAAGGAUUACGAACACUGCUUGAGUCUUCAGAGGAAGCUCGAUGAUGUAGACAGCGAUAUGCGAGUGGACGAUUCUAGGAUAAAAACAAUCAACGCUUUGGCGGAUAAGCUUAUAAAACAGGGUCGCGAUAAUGAAUCGAAAGCAAUUCAGCAACGGCGCGAUAACUUUAACAAUAAGUGGAGAGGUUUGCAAGGUGCACUAAGCGCGUAUCGCGAAACGUUAGCUGGUGCGUUAGAGAUCCAUCUGUUCAAUCGAGACAUAGACGAUACAAACCAAAGAGUUAUCGAGAAAUCGAUGGCCAUGAAUACGAGCGACAUAGGAAAAGAUUUACCUGCUGUCGAACAUUUGCAAAGAAAGCAAGAGGCUAUGGAGCGAGAUAUGACAGCGAUCGAAGGCAAAUUAAAGGAGCAUAAAGCGGAGGUGCGAAACUUGUCGCACAAAUAUCCAGAUAAGGCGUACGAAGUAAACGGUAUACUGUCCGAGCUGCAAUCUAACUGGGACGAUCUGCAACGUUUGACUCGACACCGGCGCAAUGCUUUGAAUCAAGCCUACACACUGCACAAAUUCCAAGCUGACCUGCACGAAUUGGACAUUUGGGUGGCUGAUACGAUCAAACGCAUGGACGAAUCCGAGCCACCGACCACCAUAUCGGAAGCCGAGGCCGUGCUAGAAUUGCACCAAGAAAGAAAAGCGGAAAUCGACGGUCGACAAGAUACAUUUAAGGGUCUGAAGGAGCACGGCCAGAAGCUCGUGUCGAUCGAUGAAGACGUCAAGGAUAAUCUCGAUCAUCUGGAGGAACUCAGGCAAACCUUAGGCAACGCCUGGGACGAUCGCAGGCAAAAAUUAACCCAGGCUCAUCAAUUGCAGCUGUUCAAGGAGCAAGCUGAUCAAGCGGACAGUUGGUUGGCGACAAAGGAAGCGUUCCUCAACAACGACGAUCUCGGCGAAUCGCUAUCGGGCGUCGAGACGCUGCUGCGUAAACACGAAGAGUUCGAAAAAAUGCUGAUGUCUCAAUUAGGACGCAUCGAAGAGCUCGAGAAGUUCGCCAACGAUAUCUUAUCGCGCGAACACGCGGACGCGAGUACGAUAAAGCAGCGACUCGCCUCGGUUUGCACCAGGAGGGACAAGUUGAAAAACAGCGCGACGGCCAGAAGGAGGAAAAUCCUAGAGAGUCAUCACUUGCACCAAUUUCUUAGGAAUAUAUACGAGGUGGAAGGCUGGCUGCAUCAAAAACAGCAAGUGGCGAGCGAUGAGAAUUACAGAGACUCCUCGAAUCUGCAAAGCAAGAUCCAAAAGCACGCCGCAUUCGAAAGUGAACUGAUGGCGAACAAAGGCAGAGUUGCGGCGGUGGUCAACGAGGGCGAAGCGCUUAUUGAGGAAAAUCAUUACGCUUCGAAGGAGAUACAGGAACGCUUGGACGAGCUGGACGCGGAAUGGCGUCUCCUGCAGGAGACCAGCGAGCUGAAGAAGAAUCGAUUGAACGACGCGUAUCAGGCCUUGUUGUUCGGCCGAAGUCUCGACGAAUUCGAAACGUGGAUGGACGAGGUGGAGACUCAGUUGCAGUCGGAGGACCACGGCAAGGACCUCUCGAGCGUGGCGAAUUUGCUGAAGAGGCACACCAAUUUGGAGAACGACGUGCUCGGUCACAACGAGGCGUGCGAGUCCAUCAAGGAGACCGCCGCCGGUUUUCAGAAGUCGAAUCACUUUAUGUGCGACGAGAUUCAAGACAGAGCGCUGGUUACGAUCAACCGGUAUCACAGUCUUCAGGAACCGAUGCAGAUACGCAGGGACAAUUUGGAAGACGCGAAGCUACUGCAUCAAUUCGCGAGAGACGUCGAGGACGAGUUGCAUUGGUUGUCCGAAAAGGAACCCUUAGCUGCGAGCAACGACCUCGGGAGCUCCCUGACUACCGUGCAGCGAUUGCAAAAGAAACACCAUGCUCUGGAAGCAGAAUUAUUGUCCAGAGAACCUGUGGUAGCUUCUCUCGUUAGCAGAGCGACGGUGAUGAUUAGAAGCGGACACUUCGCGGCAGAUAAGAUUGAAAAUCUGUCGCAAGAGUUGCAAACGAAAUUAUCGCAUCUGAGAGAUCUAGCGAGCGUCAGGAAGUUGAGAUUACUCGACGCUGUGGAAUCACAAAUGUUUUAUGCCGAAGCCGCGGAAGCUGAGCAAUGGAUUAGAGAGAAACAUCCACAACUGACAUCAAGCGAUUACGGCAAAGACGAAGACUCCGUUCAAUCUCUGUUAAAGAAGCUAGAAAGCAUCGAGCGCGACUUGUCCGGUUUCGAAAACACGGUCGACAAUCUGAAAAAGCUUUCACAUGGUUUGAUCGAACGGCAUCACUUUGAUAGCAAGAAUAUCGGACAGAAGCAGACAGAUAUCGAGUUUAAAUUCAGAGAACUGCAAAAAUUGAAAGAGUACCGAUUGCAGAGAUUGGCGGAAAGCGAAAAGUUUUACAAAUUCAUUAGACAGGCAGACGAAGUGAUCGAAUGGAUCGGAGACCAAACGACGAUUGCCGCAUCGGAAGACUACGGCCGUGACGUGGAACACGUCGAACUGCUGAUCCAAAUAUUCGACAAUUUCCUAGCCGGCUUAACGACCAGCGAGGGACGUGUAUCGGCUGUGCUUGACGAGGGACAGAGGCUGAUAGAGCAGAAGAAUCCCGAGAAGAAUAAGAUACUUUUGAAGAUCGACGAGACGAAGCAACAGUGGGAGGACUUGAAGGAACUCGCGCACGCACGGCAGGAUGCGUUAGCUGGCGCCAAACAGGUUCACAUGUUCGACAGGACAGCCGACGAGACCAUCUCCUGGAUACAGGAGAAGGAAGCGGCUCUCAGCUCGGAUGGUUACGGUCACGAUCUAGAGACAAUUCAGGCGUUGGUGAGGAAACAUCAGGGCUUCGAGACCGACUUGGCGGCUGUGAAGGAGCAAGUGGAGUGCCUGAUGGAGGAGGCGUCCAGACUGAUCGACCUGUUUCCGGACGCGCGUGUACACAUCGACGUGAAGCAUCAAGAGGCGCAAGCGGCUUGGGCCGAGCUGCUGGAGAAGGCGGCGCAGAGACGAAGCAAACUAGCUCAAGCGGAACAAUUGCAGGCCUACCUGGGCGAAUACAGAGAACUGGUAUCCUGGAUCAACGAGAUGGUAGCCAAGGUGACGGCCCCGGAGUUGGCGCGGGACGUUCCUGGCGCGGAGGCGCUAAUUUCCAGACACAACGAAUACAAGUCAGAAAUCGACACGCGGGAGGAGGCCUUCGAAAAGUUUUACAAGACCGGUCAAGAGCUGAUCGCGCAAGGGCAUUUCUUGGCGAAGGAGAUCGAAGACAAGAUCUCGGUGCUACAGCAACGCCAGCAGAUCCUGAAGGAUACGUGGCAGCAGAGGAGGCACAUUUACGAACAGAACUUGGACACGCAGCUGUUCAAGAGAGACGCGGAAACCCUGGAGAAUUGGAUACUGAGCAGGGAGCCGAUGCUGCACGAUGAGAAGUUGGGAGAGAGCCUCUCGCAGGUGGAGGAAUUAAUAAGAAAACACGAGGACUUCGAGAAGACCAUAGAGGCGCAGGAAGAGAGAUUUAGCGCACUGAAACGAAUAACAAUGCUGGAAAAGGCCUUCCAGAAGCAGCAAGAGGCGGAAAUGGCCGCGCGCCAAGCGGAGAAAGAACGUGUGGAACGUGAGAGGAUCGAGGAGCGAAAACGCAAAGAAGUGCAAAGGAUAACGGAAGAACGAAAACGCGAAGAAGAACGCAGGCGGUUGCUGGAUAAUUCUCAUCGCGCGCAACACGAUGAGAUCAAUGGUUCUGUCGACGAACAUGAAUCUGUGAAUAUAUUAUCGCCGCUGAAAGGCGCAACUGCUUCCGAAACAGCGGAACCUGCGAUACCGCAGAAAUCUCAUGGCUUAUCGCACGUGUUCGGUGAAAAAUUAAGACGAGCUACUUCCGAUAUCAAGAGGGCCGAAAGCAUGAAGGUUGAUACGAAGAAACCGAAGAGAACUCCGAGUUUCACGACCAGACGAAGAACACAAAGCUUCAGGAAACUACAGCGAAUGGAGAAUAUGGAUGCCCUGCGGCCGGUCGAAAUUCAAGGUUUCCUCGAGCGGAAGCACGAGCUGCAAAGCGCCGGCAAAAAGGCAGCCGUGCGAUCGUGGAAGCAAUAUUACACCAUACUAUGCGGGCAGCUGCUGUGCUUCUUCAAGGAUAUGGAAGAUUUCUCGCUAAGCAAAGCGGCCACCGCCCCGAUAACUAUUUUCAAUGCCAUAUGCGAGAAGGCGGAUGAUUACACGAAGAAGAAGAAUGUAUUCCGGCUGAAGUGCACGGACGGCUCAGAAUUCUUGUUUUUAGCACCGAAUCAAGAGGAGAUGGAAGACUGGGUUAACAAAAUCUCAUUCCACGCGAAACUCCCGCCAAGUCUGCAGCUCCUAAGUUACGACGAGUCCCAAAAGACACAGCAGAAAGGUUUGGAGAGACUGCAGAGCUCAGGGUUGGAUCACACGGAUGAUACCAUAUCGACCGGAAGUAGCCGCACCUCCACACCGGAGAUGGAGCGCAAGAAUUCCGUGAUCAGACGCGAUCCCGCCUCGCCGAAUCAGCAUUCGCCGAGCUCGGUGCAGAUAGAGUUCCUGCAGAUGCAUCGACAGAAUCAACAGCGGCGCAACGACGCGCAGAACGAGGCGUUCCUGGCGUCGCAGAGAUCCGAGCCGCAGACUCAAACGGAGUUUCUGCAAAUGCACAGGCAGCAACAGUUGCUCGCGCAGCAGCAGCAGCAUCAGCUGAUACAGCAGGAGCAACUGGCGGCUCAGUAUCAACAGAAUUCCGCGAUGCUGGGAAGUGACAAACCGCCCAUUCCGCCCCGAGGCGCUCCUCCGCCUGUCCCCAUGCGAUCACCCAGUUCGGAAAAUAUGCAAUAUAGACGCAAUGAUGUGGAACACCAUUUACAAGGAAGACCCAAUGUCUACCAACAACGUAGUGCGACAUUAAAUCACAACGGAUCUGGACAGUAUUCAUCGAACGAACCGGUAUGGCAUCGACAAAGCAGCGUGGAUAUUUCGCCACAACAUCAAGAAUUAGCACCUCCAUUGCCAUCGAGUGCCCCUCCGCCAACCAGAAUGGCUCAGUGGAACACUCAUCAUGAUCCUGCCUACGGAAAUGUACCAGUAAAUAUCAGACAGGGUAUGCAACAGCAAAACAAUACUUUCACCGGUAGACCAGCAUCGUUGCCGCCUUAUGUCGCUCCACCAGCAGCACCACAAACGUCUCCUUCGAACAUCACAGUGGUGGAUGGUAGAAGAGCGUCAGAAAGCGGAUCAGAAAGCGAGCAAAGUACGACCAGCAAUCGAAAAGAUCGUGAUUACAAGCGAAGUUCCGUAUUGAGCAAUCUAUUCGGAAGACGCAAGAAACCCUCUCAAUCGUAACAUGGCUAUUUCACAGAGCGUACUUAUAUGCCGCAAUACAUGAUCUUCCACGUAAAACGAACGAUGAAGUUCCUUAAGAAUAUCCCCGGAAAUAUCGUGACAGUUUUGCUAAACAAGACACCGAUAGUAAUUCAUUUCUUAUGAAUUCUAUAAAAGUCUCAUUUAUAAUUUGUUUCAUAAAAUAUUAAUACGGUGUUAACUUCAAAUAUCAAAGGUUAAUCAGUAUAAUCAGCAAAUUUUCGCACAUUUAUGAUUGAGAUUAAUCGUCAAUUGAUUAAAAUAUAUAAAUUCCUAUUCACAUAAACUAAGAAAUCAUAAGUUAACAUUUAUAAUAUUUAAAUUCUUCAAAAAUAUGCAAUUGUUUUAUUAUUUGGGUUCUCGGAUCCAAUGUUGUGAAUUAUUCGAGAAUAUUUCGUUCGCGAUCUUAUUGUAUAGUCAAUCUUUCACUUUAUAUGCAAAACUAAUAUUUGUAAAAAUAUUUACAAAAAUUGGAUAGUUAUUAAUAGUAAACUGCUAUGAUCAACUGUUAUAAUCAUUAAUUAAAUUUUGUUAACUAUGAAAUAUUUCUUAUUAACCAUUAGGAAAUAUUAUUGACGUUAUUGAUUACCAUCAACGUUUUGAAAUAAUUAAAAGAAUAAAACAAAGAAAAAUAUACAAAUAUUUUUAUCUG